AUGAAAACUUACAAUGUUGACGUGCCAUACCUAAAAGUUUUUAGAGGGAAAGAGCAAGCUUAUACCGACAUGUAUGGUAAGUGGGAAGACUCUUUCAUGAAGAUGGAUGGAUUUAGAGAAGAACUAUUACGAAGGAACGAAGGAAGCAUUGUUGAAAUUGACUUUGACAUAGUUGGUGGAAAGAAACUUUUCAAAAGGCUUUUUAUUUGUUUAGCAGCUUGUUCUAGAGGGUUUGUUGCUGGUUGUCGUCCGUAUAUUAGUCUUGAUGUCUGUCAUUUAAAAGGAAAGUUCAAUGGUGUACUAGCUACUGCAACUGGUAUUGUCGAUAACAAUUCUAUCUUUCCAAUAGCAUAUUGUGUGCUUGAAUCAGAAAACACACAAUCAUGGACAUGGUUUCUUGACUCACUCAGAAAAGCAAUUGGAAUGCCAAAUGGUCUAGUUAUCUCAUCGGUCAUGCAAAAAGGGUUAGAAGAAAUUAGUGAUAAAGAUGAAGAUGUCAUUGCAUAUCUAAAUACCAACCACAAAAAAAUAUGGACUAGAAGCAAGUUUGGUACUACUUCCAUUUGUGAUUACAUCACUAAUAAUAUUUCAGAAACAUUUAAUUCUUGGAUUGGUAAAUUGUGCUAUAAACUCGUGCUUGAUCUCCUUGACGCAAUUAGGGAAAAGAUUACGAAACGCUUUGAUAAGAAAAAUAAUUUGGUAAAUACAUGGAAUAACGCAUUGAAUCCUAUUGCUAAAAACCAUCUCAAUGACAUCGCUAAGAAUUUGGGUGAAUAUGAAGUUACUAGAAGUUGUGAAAAUCAAGCUGAAGUGAAGUACAAGGGAAACGUUGGGAGGUCAACCUAUAUGAAAGAAAAUGUAGUUGUCGAGUGUGAGAAGUUUAAAGCUGCAUAUGCUUUUCAAAUUGCUCCAACGCCAGGAGAGGAUCAAUGGGAAACGUGGAACGAAUACAAAAUCGCAGGAUGGUUUGGGAGUUUCGGGGUCUAUAUGAAAAAAGCUUGUGAAUUAGUUGGUCAUUUUAACAAUUUUGUUCUUUAG